GAGGCGACGGCGGCACAUCGAAAGUGACCGUCUGUUCACUCUCACUAUCGUUGUCGCGCUUCCAAGUCGCUCGCACGCUGCGUCCGACACAGCUUGCAUAUUAUAUACAUAUACACACAUACACAAGCAGACGUUGCACCCGUUGGUUUAUAUAUAUAUAUAUAUAGAGAGACACUGGACACAGUAGUUAUUGUAACAAUUAAUUACUUAUUUUUUGUUGUUUAUAUUAAUUACAUAUUUGAUUUAAAAUAAUUAUCUCGUUCGUUUAUAUAUAUAUAUUCGUUUCGAUCGAGUCCGUGAAAAUUCCACUAGACUCCAGAUGGGAGUGUUACAGUUCGCAGUGCUCUUGUGCACCGUCGCCCUCUACGCGUCCGGCGCUUUGACCAAAUCGACGAGCAACGGUCGGAGCAAGAGGCAGAAUUUCCUGGACGUGUUACAGCCAUGGAACGCCAGAAUAGGUACGGCCGGAGACACUCAAUUGGCGUCGGGCACUAUGGUCACCGGAGCUCAGAGCGUGGUCCUACAGAACGUGGCUGACAUUUGUCUGGCAGACAUACCCUGUAAUCCCCGGGCCCGGUACAGGAGUUUUGACGGCAGCUGCAACAACUUGCAACAACCCGGCUGGGGUUCCGUCAACACGGCGCUGGUCCGUUUGCUGCCGGCCGCCUACCAAGAUGGCGAGAGUAGACCGCGGAUGACCGCAUUCGGUCGAGUACUUCCGAGCGCCAGACUUAUACGCACAAAUCUGUUUCCGGAAAGGAACGUGCCCGACAUACGGUUCACGGUGGCCGUCAUGCAAUGGGCCCAAGUGGUAGCCCACGACGUCACUCUGCUCACAGAGAAAUCCGCGCCCGACUGUUGUGCUAGUAACGGAAAACUGUUGCCGAUCGAAACGCUUCAUCCCAACUGUUUCCCAAUCCCUGUACCGGCCAACGAUCACUUUUACUCGAGAUUUGGCACAGCCUGUUUACCGGCCAAGAGGACAGUGUCUUCAGACGACUUUGGAUGCAAACUUACGCCCCAACAAAAGGUGAUAGCUACAACUCAUUUCUUGGAUGGGUCGUUAGUGUACGGUGCGACGGGUAACACUGCCGGCAACUUGAGAUCGUUCCGAGGAGGUAGAUUGAGGGCGCAACUGACAAGGGACGGCCGAAUGUUCUUGCCUAAUGUCAACACACCUACUCAAUCUUGUAAUGUGGCCAGCAACGUCGAAGUUUGCUACAGAUCAGGCGACGGCCGAGUGAACCAGCACCCGAAUAUGGCCGUGUCGCAGGUGGCGCUUUUGCGGUUGCACAACUUCUUGGCCAACGAAUUCGCCCUGCUCAACCCAACAUGGUCCGAUGAGGUUUUGUACCAGGAAGCCCGAAAGUUCGUUGUCGCCAUCAUACAACACAUCACAUACAACGAGUUUCUUCCUAUUCUCUUGGGCGAAAACUAUGUUCGCGAAAACGGGUUGUCCACGCUGAAACAAGGUUACAGCAACUUGUACAACUCCAACAUCAACCCUUCGACGUUGGCAAGUUUCGCCGGUGCAGCAUUUAGAUCUCUGCACAGCCUCGUGCCUUCCGUAUUCAAUCUGGUCAACGAAGACCGAGAAAACGGAGCGGCCCCAACGCGGUUCAGCGAGUGGAUGAACAAGCCCGGUAUCAUACAAAGGCCUGGCAACUACGACAUGUUCCUGCGAGGCAUUGCCACCCAACCGCAACAAGCGCAAGAUAUAUUCUUCAGCGAAGAAAUUACCGAUCUGCUGUUCAGGGCAAACGGCCCGCUGGGACAAGAUUUGGUAGCCAAGGACAUACAACGAGGCAGAGACAUGGGCAUACCGUCUUACAAUCAUUUUAGAUCUCUCUGCGGAUUGCCAAAAGCCACGUCGUUCGACGAACUGAGGGACGUGAUGGACGAAGAGAGAAUCGAGAGGUUGGCCAGGAUCUAUCCGACGGUGGACGACAUCGAUUAUCUAGUAGGCGGAAUGCUGGAGAGAAUCAUGCCGGGCUCGUUGACCACGCCGUCGUUUAGAUGUAUCUUGGGCGAAGGGUUCUUCCGUUACAAGGCCGGAGACAGAUUCUACUACGAAUACGACAUAUCGCCAGGAGCGUUCACACCCGAUCAAUUGUCGACGAUCAGAAAGUUCUCGCUUUCCACUCUGAUGUGUUUGACCGGUGACAACAUCCAAACGAUGCAAAGGAAUUCGUUCCUACAAAUUAAUCCCGGAAACGCAUUGAUACCUUGCAGACAAAUCUUAGCAGAACUGGACUUGACGCCAUGGAGAUUUCAGAGCUAAAAAACUUAACCGUACUUAGUGACGGACACGGGUCCCGUUGCGCUUGUGAUAUAUUGUAACAUACAUAAUAAUACCAUAUAUGUUAGUCUUAAAUAGGUAUUAAAUAUUUUUUUAAUUAUUUUUAAAUAAUUUAGUCGCGUUAAGGAUAAAUUAUUAAUUAAAUAUUAGUGUUACCAAAUGUCCACAAGCCAAUCGACAGAUUCGCCAAAUAUUUAUUUUUGUACCGCAGUGGGCUUAAUCGAGCAUCUACAAAACAAAAUGUUUCUUGUAUUUCUUGUGUUUUAAUUAUUGUCCUACAAUGGCUUAAUGUAGUACUUAAUGACAUUAUUGUUUUCUCGAUGUUAACAAGUUUUAUGUGUCCAAAUUUUCAAACGUGCCAUGGCAAAAUGUCGAAAAAAAAAUUAACUUACCUAAAUAUUAUUGUAUUUUGUUUUUGCUUAUGAUCUUUGUAAAACAUAUUUAUUAUUCUAAAUAAGAACAACCUAAGUGUACCUUGUACUUAACCACCACGGUAUUAUAAUAAUGAUAUGAUUUUAUUCCUAAAUUAGAAUUAGUUAAUUAUUAAUUUAUUUAGAAAAGAACAAUUAUUUUUAAAAUAAUUUUAUGUUUUACCUACAUUUAAAUGUCUUUAUGU